AAGCGAACAUUCCACACAAACAGCAGUAAGAAACACCAAACCAUGGAUUAUAAGACAAAUCAAAGCUCUUUCCUCGUCAAUGUUCUUCUUCUUCUUCUUCUUUGUUCUUCGGUCUCUGCUCAACAACUUCGGACGGAUUUUUACCGAAAUUCGUGUCCGAACGUGGAAACGCUCGUCCGGAACGCUGUCCGACAGAAGUUCCAGCAGACGUUCGUCACCGCUCCCGCCACCCUCCGCCUCUUCUUCCACGACUGCUUUGUCCGUGGAUGUGACGCGUCGAUACUGAUAGCGUCGCCGUCGGAGAAGGAUCAUCCGGACCAGCUGUCGUUGGCCGGGGAUGGCUUCGACACUGUCGUGAAGGCCAAGCAAGCCGUCGACAGCAACCCUAACUGCCGCAACAAAGUCUCUUGCGCCGACGUCUUGGCUCUCGCUACCCGUGAAGUCGUCCUCUUGACCGGAGGACCGAACUACCCGGUGGAGCUAGGGAGAAGAGACGGCAGACUAUCGACGGUGGCCAGUGUCCAACACAGUCUCCCGCAACCCGGUUUUAACUUGGACCAGCUCAAUUCCAUGUUCUCCCGUCACGGUUUAUCCCAAACCGACAUGAUCGCCCUCUCCGGAGCGCACACGAUCGGAUUCUCGCACUGUGGGAAAUUCUCCAAGAGGAUCUACAAUUUCAGCCCGAAGAACCGGAUCGACCCGACAUUGAAUCUCCGGUACGCGUUGCAAUUGAGGCAGAUGUGUCCGGUACGAGUCGACCCAAGAAUCGCCAUUAACAUGGACCCCACUACGCCGAGGACCUUCGACAACGCUUAUUUCAAGAACCUUCAACAAGGAAUGGGUCUAUUUAGCUCCGACCAGAUCUUGUUCACGGAUCAACGGUCCAGAUCUACCGUUAAUCUCUUCGCCUCCAACGAAGGAGCCUUCCGACAAGCUUUUGUCUCCGCCAUUACCAAGCUGGGUCGCGUCGGCGUUCUUACCGGUAAUGCGGGUGAGAUCCGGAGGGACUGUACACGUGUCAAUUAGAGAUUGGUUGCCGCGUUUUUCCCCGCUCUUUUCUUCUUUUGGAAAUUCCUGGGUUUUUCUUUCGUGUUUCUUAUUUUGUGUUUCUAGUUUCCGAACACAAGGAAUGGAAUUGGAAGACGACAUUGGCAGAUGUUGUAGCGGAAAUCAGAAGGAAUAAUGACGAAAUUUCGUCUUUCUAUUUUGUGUUUCUAGUCUCCGAGCAGAAAUAAAGAUGGAUUUUUUUUUA